GCCGAGGCAGUGGUGGCAGCAGCAGCAGCAGGGAUUCAUCCAUAAGAGGCUUGGCUACAGGGGGAAGAUGCUGAUCAAAGUGAAGAUGCUGACAGGAAAGGAAAUUGAGAUCGACAUUGAACCCACAGACAAGGUGGAACGGAUCAAAGAGCUGGUGGAAGAGAAAGAAGGAAUUCCCCCACAGCAGCAGCGACUCAUCUACAGUGGCAAACAGAUGAACGAUGAGAAGACAGCUGCUGAUUACAAGAUUCAGGGAGGCUCAGUCCUCCAUUUGGUGUUGGCUGUUCGUGGGGGAGGUGGCCUUGGGUGGUGUUGGACCUCCCUCUACUUAAUCCCCUUACCCCAUCACUCAUAA